AUGGCGACAGCCAACCCAGAUUCGGCGACCACAUCGUCGUCAGACCUCCGCUCGACCUCGCACCGAUGCGGAGCCUGCGACAUCGAGUUCCCUAACCUCCAGGAAAUGCGCGCGCACGCAAAGAGCGAACUACACGUCCAAACUAUCCGCCGUCGCGUCGCCGAACUCGACCCCAUCGCGCACCAAAUUGAAAAAGGCUACGCCGACCUCGACUUCGACACCGACACCGACACCGACACCGACGCCCCGUCCGAGUCCGACGCGUCCGUGCACUCCGACUCGGACCCGGAUCAACCCCCACCCACCCCAACCCCCACCUCCGUCCUCCAAACCUUCCACCCCGCCACCUGCCUCUUCUGCCGCGCCGCGCUGCCCGACCUCGCCGCCAACCUCACCCACAUGGCCAAGGCCCACGGCUUCGCGAUCCCCGCCCGGAACACCUCCGCGUGGACCCGGAAACCCUGCUCGCCUACCUGUGCCUCGUCGUCGAGGGCUACCGCGAGUGCAUAG